CUGUGAGCGUGCGCUGGCGCGGGUCCUCGCGCGGCGCGUGCCCCGGCCGUCAGCUUUGGCGAGGUGGGCGCGCGCGCGCCGCGUAUAGUGCUGGGGGAGCGGGACAGGGUAGUGAGGCAGCAUUGGCCGAGAGGACUCACUCGUUGGCCAGAACCUAGCAGCAAGUUACGGAGGCCCCAGCUCGGCCUGGGCGGGAAGGGACCGGACGCGCCCGUCACGGGCGCCAGCUCCACUCCGCUCACCGCCCCCGCGCAGACGAUUGGGUUCGCGGCGGUCCCGGCUUCAGCCGCGCCGCCGUGUCGGGGACCAUGAGCCGCCGGGCCCCGCCGCGGGCCCCUCCGGGCUGAGGGGCCGCCGCCGCGUGGGCUGCGGAGGGCGGACGACCCCGGCCACUGCCGCCGGGUCCCCAGCGAGCCCCUGGCCCCAAGGCUGGGGCCCCGCGCCGCGCCCCGGAGCCCGCGCGCCCGGAGAAAGAAUGCACUCGCCCGUGGACCCCAGCGCCAAGCAGGCUCUGAGGAAAAAGCCCCCCGAAAGGACCCCGGAGGAUUUAAAUACUAUUUAUUCUUAUCUUCACGGGAUGGAGAUUUUGUCAAAUCUCAGGGAACAUCAGCUAAGGUUAAUAUCUGCAAGAGCACGGUAUGAAAGAUAUAAUGGCAAUCAAAUUCUUUUUUGCCCUGAAACCAUUGCCAGAUGUUGGUAUAUUCUUCUUUCUGGAUCUGUAUUUAUGAAUGAAUCUGUAAUUUUCGCUCCUCAAAGUUUUGGUAAACAGUUUGGAGGAAAAAGAGGAUGUGACUGUAUUGUACUAGAGCCUUCAGAAAUGAUUGUGGUAGAGAAUUCCAAAGAUAAUGAAGAAGAUCUCCUCCAAAGAGAAAUUGCUGGAAGACAAUCUCGAAGAAGGUUUAGGAAAAUUAACCACAGGGGAGAACGACAGACCAUUACUGACAAUGUGGAUGCUAACAGUUACCUUACUCUUCCAGCAGACCUUAACAAGUUGCACCUUACAGAAAACCCUCAUCCACAGGUGACCCACGUCCCUUCUAGCCAGUCUGGAUGUAGCAUUGCCAGUGACUCAGGGAGCAGCAGUUUAUCUGAUAUCUACCAGGCUACAGAAAGUGAGAUAGGAGAUGUGGAUUUGACAGGUCUACCUGAAGCACCUGUUGAUUCUGAGGAUGAAGAAGAGGAAGAUGAAGACAUUGAUCGAACAGCUGAUCCAUUGCUAGGGAGAGAUCUUGUCCGAGAAUGUCUUGAAAAGGAGCCUGCAGAUAAAACUGAUGAUGACAUUGAGCAAUUACUGGAAAUUAUGCAUCAACUACCUGCCUUUGCAAAUAUGACCAUGUCUGUAAGAAGAGAACUUUGCUCAGUUAUGAUCUUUGAAGUGGUAGACCAGGCUGGAGCUGUCAUUCUUGCAGAUGGUCAAGAACUUGAUUCAUGGUAUGUCAUUUUAAAUGGAACUGUAGAAAUCAGUUAUCCUGAUGGAAAAUGUGAAAGCCUGUGUAUGGGAAAUAGCUUUGGAAUUAUUCCUACUCUGGAUAAGCAGUACAUGAAUGGAGUUGUCAAAACCAAAGUAGAUGACUGUCAGUUUGUGUGCAUAGCCCAGCAAGACUAUUGGAGAAUCUUGAAUCAUGUUGAAAAAAAUACCCAUAAAGUUGAAGAAGAAGGAGAAAUUGUUAUGGUACAAGAGCACAGAGAGCUGGAUCGUAGUGGAACUCGAAAAGGGCAUAUUGUCAUCAAGGCAACACCUGAACGACUCAUCAUGCAUUUAAUAGAAGAACAUUCAGUUGUGGACCCAACUUACAUAGAAGAUUUUCUGUUGACAUAUAGGACAUUUCUUGAAAGCCCCUUAGAAGUUGGAAAUAAGUUAUUGGAAUGGUUCAAACUUGACAGUUUAAGAGACAAGGUCACACGAGUAGUGCUUUUAUGGGUAAAUAAUCAUUUCAAUGAUUUUGAAGGAGACCCUGCUAUGACUGGAUUUCUAGAAGAAUUUGAAAAAAACCUAGAAGAUACAAAAAUGAAGGGGCAUCUCCGUUUGUUAAAUAUUGCCUGUGCUGCAAAGGCUAAAUGGAGGCAAAUUAUUUUGCAGAAGACUUCCCGAGAAUCACCACUUUUUUUCAGCCUCACUGGAGGAAAUGAGGGGUUUGGUAUUUUUGUGGAAGGAGUAGAACCAGGCAGCAAAGCUGCUGAAGCUGGACUUAAACGUGGUGACCAGGUAAUGGAAGUUAAUGGACAAAAUUUUGAGAACAUUACAUUGGGGAAGGCUCUUGAAAUAUUAAAGAAUAAUACUCAUCUCUCUCUGACUAUAAAGACCAACAUCUUUGUAUUUAAAGAAUUAAUUAGUAGGACAAAGCAAGACAAAAAUGGUGUUCCUCAUAUUCCCAAAAUUGCUGAGAAGAAAAGUAAUCGCUAUUCUAUUCCUGAUAUGCCUGGAGAUAUGGAACAGAUGUUUCCACAGGAGAAAGGAAAUAAAAAAAUUAAAGCAAACACUGUUUCAGGUGGAAGAAACAAAAUAAGGAAAAUUUUGGAUAAAACACGAUUCAGCAUCUUGCCUCCCAAGUUAUUCAGUGAUGGCAAUGUGAGCCAGUCACAAGAUGACAGUGUCCUUGGAACAAGGCAGUGUAGGCAUAGUCUAGCUAUAAUGCCUAUUCCUGGAACUCUUUCCUCAAGUAGCCCUGAUCUCCUGCAGCCUACAACUAGCAUGUUGGAUUUUUCUAAUCCAACAGAUAUUCCGGAUCAAGUUAUAAGAGUUUUUAAAGCAGAUCAACAAAGCUGCUACAUUAUCAUCAGUAAGGACACCACAGCCAAAGAAGUCGUUUCCCACGCAGUACAUGAGUUCAGCUUGACAGGAGCCCCUGAGACGUAUUCCCUCUGUGAGGUUUCUGUUAGUCCAGAAGGUGUUAUAAAGCAGAGAAGACUUCCAGAUCAAUUCUCCAAAUUAGCAGAUAGAAUUCAACUAAAUGGAAGGUACUAUCUAAAAAAUAACAUGGAAACUGAAACCUUGUGCUCAGAUGAAGAUGCCCAAGAAUUACUUAGGGAAAGUCAGAUAACCUUAUUGCAACUUAGUACCAUUGAGGUAGCAACUCAGCUGUCAAUGAGGGACUUUGAAUUAUUUCGAAAUAUUGAGCCUACUGAAUACAUCGAUGAUCUUUUUAAGUUGAACUCCAAAACAGGGAAUGCUCACUUGAAAGAGUUUGAGAACAUUAUAAACCAAGAAACAUUCUGGGUUGCAACGGAAAUUUUGACAGAAUCAAAUCAGCUCAAAAGGAUGAAGAUUAUUAAGCAUUUUAUUAAAAUUGCUCUUCACUGUCGAGAGUGCAAGAACUUCAAUUCCAUGUUUGCAGUAAUAAGUGGUCUGAACCUUGCAUCUGUUGCAAGACUCAGAGGUACUUGGGAGAAACUGCCAAGCAAAUAUGAAAAACACCUUCGAGAUCUUCAAGAUCUUUUUGAUCCAUCCAGAAACAUGGCAAAGUAUCGAAAUAUUCUUAGUAGUCAAAGCAUGCAACCUCCAAUUAUUCCACUCUUUCCUGUUGUCAAGAAGGAUAUUACAUUUCUACAUGAAGGAAAUGAUUCCAAGGUAGAUGGCUUAGUAAACUUUGAGAAACUAAGAAUGAUUGCCAAAGAAAUCCGUCAAGUUGUCCGAAUGACUUCUGCUAACAUGGAUCCAGCUGUAAUGUUCCGACAAAGGAAGAAGAGGUGGAGGAGUUUGGGAUCAUUGAGUCAGGGCAGCACAAAUUCAAACAUGCUGGAUGUUCAGGGAGGUGCUCACAAAAAACGGGCCCGCCGAAGCUCACUGCUGAAUGCCAAGAAGUUGUAUGAGGAUGCUCAGAUGGCUAGGAAAGUGAAGCAGUAUCUUGCCAACCUUAAUGUGGAAACUGAUGAGGAAAAGUUCCAGAUAAUGUCCCUACAGUGGGAGCCUGCAUAUAAUACUUUGACCAAGAAUUUAAGUGAAAGACGAUCAACAAAAUCAUCAGAAAUGUCUCCGGUACCCUUGAGAUCAGUUGGUCCGAUCACAAAAGCCCAUCUGCAUCAGCCAAACAGAGUGAGCCAGGUGCUUCAAGUUCCUGCUGUUAAUUUGUACCCCAUCAGGAAAAAGUGUCCAGCAAAAGAGCAUGUUGCAUUUGGUACAAGUGCGCCACAAAAAAUUUUAGGAAUGUCUGAAGAAGUGAGUGGUAAGAAACUAGCAGAAGAUACUUUAUCAAUGUCAUCAUCUUUGCAUUCUAGCCCUCCUGCAUCUCCUCAAGGUUCUCCUCGCAAAGGUUAUACCCAUAUGCCAUCAGCUAAAUCCGAAAACUUCUCAGACUCAAGCCAUAGUGAGAUUUCAUCAAGGUCCAGCAUCGUGAGUAAUUGUUCUGUUGACUCAAUGUCUGCAGCUCUACAGGAGGAUCGGUCCUUACCCCAGUCUCUUAGUGGCAUGGACUCAGUUGGAGCAGCAGAAAAGAAGGAACACGCUCCAGUGACAGCUGACCACAGCCAGCAUGUGAUUGGAUGGACACUCUCAAGGCCUUCUGUAGUCAAGGGUUUAGCUGUUUCAUCAUCUGUGAGCACUGAGGAGAUUUCUCAUGAACACAUCACCAUAGAAGCAGCUGACAGUGGCCGUGGAAGUUGGACUUCAUGUUCAAGUAGUUCUCAUGACAAUUUCCAGAAUAUUCAGAACCAGAAGAGCUGGGACCUCUUAAAUUCUUAUCGACACACUCAUUUGGAUGUCCCCAUUGCUGAAGUGGAACCCACAAACUGUGAGCCUUAUUUGUAUCCAGAAGGCUACUCUCAGACGAACAGUCAGCCUAAAGAUGGCACAGAAUGGGUACAGUCAAGACAGAGCUGGGCCUCCUCAAGCUCUCUCUCAGACACAUAUGAGACAAACUAUGGGACAGUGAGGAGAAGAGUGGUAGAGGAUUCAAGUGCAGAGCCAGAGGAGGCUUUGGAUUCUCAUCCUAGCACUGAUGCCACAUAUAAAAUUACGUCCAGUACAGAAAAAGGCUUGAUAGUGUACUGUGUCACCUCACCUAAGAAGGACGAUAGGUAUAGGGGGCCACCUCCCACCCCACCAGGAUACAUGGGGAUUUCUUUAGCGGACAUAAAAGAAGGACCACCCCACCACCCACACGUAAAACCUCCAGACUAUAGUGUGGCAGUACAGAGGUCAAAGAUGGUACAUAGCAACCUCUCUAGACUUUCAUCAGCUUCUCUCGUUAGUGAACCUAUGGCCUGUAUUUCAUCGAAGAUCCUAUCUCAGCCGCAGUGGCAUAAUCUGCAGCCAUCCCAUCCUAAACUAGCCGAUGCGACUGAUGCAGAUAGUGAAGCAGAUGAAAAUGAGCAAGUUUCAGCAGUCUAGCCUUUGGGGAAAUCAUCUUCAAAACAAGUUCACAUCAAAAUACUUUGUAAAGAAGGACCAUAAGAUUCUGUUAGCCAGUGCUGACAGCUUACUGCUGCUACACUAAGAAGUUUUUAGUGCCUGUGUUAUGACCAGUGAGGUGGACCUGGCUGAAUUGUGCCUCUAUUGCAUGUAGUCUCAACAGCCUGUGAAAUCCAUACUGACAUGUGACGGAGCAUCCAGUCUGCAAAACUCACUGACACUGUACAUUGAUAUAAUUGUUAUAAGUGUCUGUCUACACACUAGGCCUUCAUUGGGAUAAUCAAUUUUGAGAACCACUUAAACUGUGGAAAAUCAUGUUUAGUAUCAUAGAGUAUUUCUAUGGAUUUCCCUCGAAAAUUAUUUUAAGGUAACAUUAUGGUUUUCCAGCCAAGAAUGUUAAUUUCAUGGACCUAUUGGACAUAUAUUAUUUUCAUGUCCAUAUUUUUCAUGCACAACGUCAAAACUUCUGCCAAAAAACAAGGACUUUGCAGUGGUGUUUGAAUAAUAAUUUAUUAACUAAUUGAGAGUUUUUAGAGUUUUCUUUAUUUGUGUUUGAGUGUUAUGCUGUGGUUGGCUAAUGUGUAUGUUUAGAAGGAAAUAAAAAUUAGACUCACUUUAACUAUUCUUAGGAUAGUCAAUCAAGUGUCCUUUAAAGCAAAGCUUAUGUUCCCCAAGGAAAAAUACAAGGACAGAUUACAGCAUGGUUAUACACAUAAAAUUGAGGGAAAGUAUAUUCUGAAUGGAAUGGAAACGAUUUCUUGUUUGUGAAUUUAGAUCAGCAAAAUGUCACCAUCUUGUAGUCCCAGUUGGAAAAGUUUAGUGAGCCUGUCUUUUUAAAAAAAAAGAAUCAAAGUAUGAAUCAAUCAAUAAAUACUUACCAAAUGCGUAUGGUGUGCCAAGCACUGAGAUGGGCCCUGGAGAUACAAAUGUAGAGAAUAAAACAAUCACUAACUCUUAAGAAACUUAGGUUCUGAUGGGGGGAAAUCAUUACCUUGAAGUCUUAAGAGAUUCCCUAAAUUAUUAAAAUGGAGGUGCUCGAAUGCAUGAAACUCAUCUCUAUGACUAAAAUGCUAUAAGCUUAGUUAAAUACAACUCCACUGUUUCUGAAGGUAAAAAGCAGCCUGGCAAAUAUACUUUAACUAGGAGUAUAAAACAAGUAGGUCAUAGUUUUGAAUUGGGUUUUCAAUUCCAGUUAAUCACUUUGCGUACCUACAGAGAAGCAGAGUAGAAAUGUUAUCUACUAAGCCAUUGAGUGCUAUAAAAAUAUUUAUGAAAUGGAACUGCUGCAUUUUUACCUAUUUCUGAUAAUUUCCAAUUAUCAUUGGGUUAUAUUUUACUGGUAUGUGUGCAUUUAUGAUAUCAGUCCCACUGUCAAGUGGCCUGUUUUAAAAUUUUAGCCAACCAAAGUAUAGGCUUUUUUAUUUUUGGGGUGGGAGAAAGGGGAGACCCAAACACAGGGGUAUAAAAAUGAACACGCUUGUUCUUUACCAGUGUAGGUACUCAAAGAUGCAUUCCAGUGACUUAAUUGGACAUGAAUGUGUUAAUAUAGAUUUGAACAUGUAAUUGUACAUUUCUGUGACCUCAUUUACAAGGUGGGCUAGAUUUUUAACGUUUUUUACAAGCUGGGUGAAAUGUUUUCUACAUCCUAAGUUAAAAGAGUUUUUAAAGUUAUUUUAUAUUAUUUCAAUUUUAUAGUGUGCAAGGUAAGUAAAAUAACAUUCAGAAAGUUACGAGUACCAAAAAAAAAUUCCAAAGCCAAUUAUGUGCAUUACCCAAAUGAACUUUGGGCAGAAAUUGGUUAAUAUUUGAGUGUGUGUUGUCAAUCAUGUUUUCAUUUGUGACUUUUUGUGUAAAUGUUACUCUCAGUAGGACUAUCUUCCCCUUUUCUAUCCCUUCCUCUCAAAGCCCCAAGUCAGUACACAGUUCUAAAGUAAUGGUAUUUGUUCUCUUUUCCUCUGUAGGGCUUACAGUUAAUCUUAAGAAAAGCAAGAAAGAAAUCCAUGCCUAAAAAAUUAUUUUGCCAAAAUCAUAGCUGAUAACUGAAGCUCACAUAUUUCUUUCUCAGAGUGAAGGUUUCUGGAUUAGAUUAGCUGCUGCAGUAAGGACUUGACAUAGCAGGGUUUUUUUUUUUUGCCCUAAUGGGCUAGAAAUAACAUGAAAAGUAAUAUGGGAAAUAAGUUACAUGCUUUAAAACCAUGUUGUAGUCAUCCGACAUGUAAAGAAUUUACAUUUAAUCAGGAAGCUGUAUAUGUACAUUGCCUGAAAAGAGGAAUAUUUUUUCUUUCAUAUACUUUUUUUUGCUCCUAGUUUGUGGACCACUUGCCAUAACUAACAAAAAACAAAGCCGUGUCUUUCCUGCAAGUGUCUUGUUUAAUUGGUGUGCAAUAUUCAGUAAGCUGUUUUAUAUCCACUCUCCAAGUUAGACUGGGGUUUAUAAAACCUCUUCUUACUUAGCAGGCUUUUUCAUGUGAUAGGAAAUCUGAGUAGGCAUUUUACCUGGAUAGAGGUAUUUUAUGUAAAUCAAGAUAGUCACAUGAAGGGACUGGGAAGUAGGUGAACUUUUCUAUGCUUCUGAUUCAGAGUGGCUUACUGCUGCCUGGCCUGGCUGUGCAUGCUAGGGAUUCUAGUGAUCACACUGAUCAGGGACAACAGGUAAAUGUGUAGUGGUUGUGUGUGGGUUUGAGAAGUAAUUAUUCCCUUUUUGUUGAGUUUGAUUGUAGGUAUUAUUUUAAGUUGGUUUACAGUUUUUCAUUUUCCUGGUUUGUCACUAAGCCAUAGUGAGAGAAGCCACUGACCUUGUAUGUCCCAUAAUCCCCUGUCUGGUUUCUUUUGACCUUUUCCAAAUUCCUCACUUUAGUCAAGGGAUGAACAUGCCUCUCCCUGUGGCCCUUCUUACUCCACUAGAGCACUGGUAUGUGGAGGAAGUGCUUUAAAAAUCCCUGACGUGCCAAAUGGGGCCAAGAAAGCAAUUUAACUUCCACCAAAUAAUUUCUUAAAAAUAAAAUUUUAAGGAAAAUAAAUAAUUCUAAAGAGCAUCUUAAUUUAAGAUUAACAUAAGUAGUGUUAAUUUUUCUUUUGCACUUUUUCUUUCAAUAAAAGCGGAUGCUCUAUUCAUGACUGAUAAAAAUACCCACAAAAUUAGUUUCAGCAGAGAGUGUUAAAUUGCAAAGGAAAUUCAUUAUUGUGCUAAUCUUAAAGCUCAGAAUCUUAGAGUAGCAGGACUUAGGGAUGACUCUACCCAGCUUGUGAACAUGAACCUAAGGCUUCCUUGUAAUUAUGUAGAUCCCAUCACUUGCAAGAUUGAGUAAGUCCUUGUAAAGCAUUUCCUCCCAAACCAAGAAUGGAGGGAAAGCAUUCUUAUUUCCUUUAUCUUAAAAGCAAUUUGAUUGCAAUGGACUGACAAAAAUUUUGUUGUCAUUUUAAGCUUUAUUGAUUAUUAGAAAUAGUUUGAGAAAUCCAUUAACUUAAACUGAUUGGGAGAAAAGGGAUACUCUGUUUAGAAAAGCUUCCCAAUAUAUCUAAAAAUUAAAACUUGAACACCCAGUUCAGCUUUAGCUUAGGUUGUGCUUUUUGUGGCUGUCUUUAUUUUUGAUACACAUGGAAUGCAGUUUAACUUGGUAUUAUGAAUUCUAAAUAUGUGAGAAUAUUGGCAAAAAAACCACACAAAACUGCACAGUUGAAAUAAUAUUCCAGUGGUAACUGUGCUGCACAGUUCAGUGAUUGUAAAGCAUUCUGUAACAAGCAAUGUCUGUCUCCUAUUUUUUGAUACCUCUUACACUUAUGUCUUUUAGAAAGACAGUGCCUCUGUAUGCUUUUUGUAUUUUUACUGAGUGAUUGUAAAUAUUUGUUAUAUUUUUGGUUAAGAGAAUGUUUAAAAGUAAUGUUUAUUAUCCAAUCUACUAAUAUGUUGUUGAAAACAAUAAACAAUAUAUAUACAUUAA